CGUGAUUUUCCUCCCCGGUCGCAGGGUUCAUGGGGAUGGAAAGGGGGUAACGUACAACACGGUGGCGGGGAGGACUUCGAGGGCAGACGUUUCAAAGCCAGCCCAACGAAGAGACACACCGAGACGCCCCUGUCAUCGGGAGCCCUUCGGUCUCAGCUCGGUUUUGACUUUGACUGAAAAGGUGGAGGGCCCAGGGACGCGGGGAGCCAAGGAGUCGUUGAACGACUCGAAGGACGAGGACGGACCGGACGUUGGCACAACUCUGAGUAACUUGUUCUCCGGACUUCCAGCUUUGGCGGGUCCCCAACGCCUCGCCAACUCCCUCAGGCAGAAGUUCGCCAAUAACUCCGAAAACAGAAAAUCAAAAUCUCCCAAGUAAAUCUCCCAGUACGCAAAGUUUCGACCGAAUCGGUGACCCGAAGGCCUCGCACUCUCCUUUUAGUCGAGCGAGAAUUCAUCGAACAAUUACCAGGAACCGUAUUUAUAGAGCCGCAUUAUAAAGCCAUAACGUCGAACAGUUCGACCUUCACCCUCGUUUCAUCGUCAAGAAUACCGUGUUUUUUAUCUCUCGUAACACGAUGCGCAAUACAAGCCAUAGGUAGCUAGGUACCGAUCGUGACACCUUAUCGAGGGGGAGCCUCCACCCGGUGUUGUAUUCACUUCUAUACCCACCAGAAGCAACCGAGGAAUCAGCGACACGGUGCGUUGUUGGUAGACGCAGUGCAAAAAAAAAAUAAAAAAAAAACCUUCAACGAACGUGGACGAGCUCGACCGCGCCGUCGACGCUAGCAAAAGGUCGCGUUGGGGUGGUGAAACGGAAUCGGUAAGCGCCGAUCAGGCCGGGUCAGGGCUCCCCUUUCUUUCGAACUCGUCCGAGAAUCUUUCAUUGGCCCGCGGUGCGAAGCAUUACCCGUAACGAGAAAAUUUUCGACCUGGUAAAUCGGAUCCAGGGGAAAGAACGGAAGCUACCGGUCGGGCAAAAGAAGGAGAAUUAAAAAAACAAAAACAAAAAAACAAAAAAAAAAAGGAAAAAUACAGGAUUUCGGGAGCUAACCGUGCCAACUCGGUGAUUUGUUGUAGGUUAUCCCCGGCCCGGCCUGAUGCGCGCCGCCCCAAUCGCGACGAUCUCUCUUCGUCACGGUCGCUCCCAAGGUCGCACGAAGUGAUCGCGUUUAGUUCCUCUUAUUAAAACCCUGGAAGACGAUCCUGUUCUAUUAAAGGCGGCUACCUAAAGCGACCACGAUGUCGACGACGAUACCGAUACUCAACAUCGAGCUCGGCGAGCUCAAGGAGCUUGUCUGGAUGAAGCUGCAGGAGCCGAAGGCUCAACGCAAGCUAGUUCUAGUGAUCGUCUCGAUAGCGUUGCUGCUCGACAACAUGCUCUACAUGGUGAUAGUGCCGAUCAUACCCGAUUACCUCAAGUACAUCGGCGCGUUCGGCGAGGACGAAGGACAGGAUGCGAACGCGACCGGGCCGCCCGUUCAUCACGGUCAAGAUUCAGCGACGGGGGUGUUGUUCGCGUCGAAAGCCAUCGUUCAGCUGAUGGUGAACCCGUUCUCGGGCGCCCUGAUAGACAGAAUCGGUUACGAUCUGCCGAUGAUGAUAGGACUGUCCAUAAUGUUCUUGUCGACCGCCGUUUUUGCUUGCGGCAGGAGUUACGGUGUCUUGUUCUUCGCUAGGAGCCUCCAAGGAGUGGGCUCCGCGUUCGCGGACACCAGCGGCUUGGCCAUGAUAGCGGAUCGUUACACGGAGGAGUCGGAGCGCUCGAAAGCUCUCGGUAUCGCGUUAGCUUUCAUUAGUUUCGGGUGCUUGGUGGCUCCGCCGUUCGGCGGCGCUCUGUAUCAGUUCGCCGGCAAAGAGGUACCCUUUCUGAUACUCGCUUUCAUCAGUCUCGCCGACGGAUUCAUGCUUCUGCUGGUGAUGAAACCGCUGAAGGAGCAGCUGCAGAUGAAGCACGAGGACCAAGCGCCGUCGAUACCUAUAUGGCGACUGCUGAUGGACCCGUACAUCGCCGUGUGCGCCGGUGCCUUGAUGAUGUCGAACGUCGCGCUCGCCUUUCUGGAGCCCACCAUCUCGUUGUGGAUGGAAGACCACAUAACUCGGGAUAAUUGGAAAAUGGGAAUGAUAUGGCUGCCGGCGUUCUUCCCUCACGUGUUCGGCGUGAUAAUCACCGUCAAGAUGGCCAAGCAGUAUCCCCAGCAUCAGUGGUUGAUGGCCGCCGGCGGUCUCGCGUUGGAAGGCCUGUGUUGCUUCAUGAUACCGUUUUGCACUUCUUACAAAGUUCUCAUGAUCCCGCUAUGCGGGAUCUGCUUCGGCAUAGCUCUCAUCGACACCGCCCUGCUGCCCACUUUGGGCUACCUGGUGGACGUCAGAUACGUGUCCGUCUACGGCAGUAUCUACGCCAUCGCCGAUAUCUCGUACAGCUUGGCGUACGCGGUGGGGCCCAUAAUAGCCGGCGGCGUCGUCGAGGCGAUCGGCUUCACCGCUCUGAAUAUCGGCAUAGCGUUCUCGAAUCUGCUCUACGCGCCCGUGCUGAUGUACCUGAAGCACAUCUACGACUUCAAGCCGUUCCAGGACGAAGCGGACGUCCUGAUGCAGGACCCGCCCGACAAGGAGUACCAGACGUACGUGCUCCAAGAGCAGAGGACGCUCUCCGGUGAAAUCGGCAAUCACCUGAACCAGACUCGCAUGGAGACGAACGUGGAUCAAGGUUACGAGCAGAAUUACCAAGGCGGCCAGAGCUACGAGCAGCCUGGAUACGGGCAGAAUAUUAAUGCACCGGGAUACAAUCAGGCGGCAGGUGGGUACGAGCAACCGCCGAUGUACGAGCAACCGGCCAAUUACGGUCAGCAGCCCGCUCAGGGUUACGCUCAGCAGAGAUCCUACGGGCAGGAACCCCAGGGAGGAGGUCAGAUGGACGCCAAUCCAUUCAGGAGACCUCCUCCUCCUCCUCCCAACGUCGAGCAGAGACCCGCGGGCGAGAGCAACCCCUUCAGGCAAGGAAUGUUUUAAGUUCACGAAACAGCCCGCUGGUAUUCGUCACCGUCGAUGAUCGAAUCGAUUCUCGGUGGGAAUGCCUCGCCACGGCGAUGCGAAUACCACAGAACAGUCUUCGAGACAAGCUUCCAGUUAUUAAGAAAAUUAACGUCGUGUGCACGCUGACUAUCCUCUGGGAACUAUGGCGUUCGGUAUCUUUCGGUGAUCAUGAAGUGCGUCGAUAAUGUAUCAUCCUGUGAUUAGAAAUUCGUCGAAGCAGACUUCCAAAACGAUUACUUCGAUAUUGUAGGAAUCAUCUAACGAGGGUACAUCACGAGGUUCUAUGCUCGAAUCGUUCUCAACGAUGGUCUUGGCAUCGGGUUAAGUGGUAGUGUCGAGAACACUUGUAGAAGUUAGUGUUUUACGUUCGAGGAGUAACCUCGCGAUUCGAGAGAUUCUUGAUUAAACCGAGGAGAGAGGGGAAACGUAGAUGAAACGGGGAAGGAGAAUGGGAUUAGUGUAGAACUAUAAAUUGUGAAUAAACGUCGCCAACGUUUAACGCGUCGACUGUCGUGUUAAGCGAGUUUGAAUAAGUGUCUCGGAUGAUCUUUUACGAUAUCAUACGAAGAUCCAUCGACCAUUUUUUACGAGUAAGGAACUUUCGAGUAUUUAUUUCCUAAUUCACGUUGAGAGUAUUAGCGAUCACUGAUAUCUCGUUGGUAAACAAAUUUAGAAAUAUCACUUUUUAAAGAAAUACAGUAGACUUUCGUGUACGAGAAUUUUUCUCGCAAUAACGCGAGCAGGGGAUAUCUUUUAGGGUUGCUUAAGAGCCAAAUUAUAAUUCUGUCUGGAAAUCAAGGGCUGGAUCAAAUAAUUGAAAACGAGUUGCUACUUUCUACUUCAUUUAUUUUAAUGAUAUAAUUUAAUGCUUUGGAACAAAAUUCUGUAUAAAUUUUAUAAUAUAACAAACAACACACGAAUCUAAUGGGAGAAUGUGCUUGGACUAUAAAAAUAUCAAUAUUGACGUUAAUGUUAUUUAAUGACAGUCGUGUAGAAUUGAGGGAUGUGCAUUAAUAAGGAGGCAGAUCCAUUUAUAACCAAAAAACCAUACAAAGAUGGACCUACCUCGUUACUGCAUUCCCUCAAUUGUCAACGUUUUCGUCUGUUAUUCUUGCCCGAAUGUUUUAUUAACAGUAUUUCAUGACAAAUUAUUUUUCUCGAGAAGGUGAAAGUUCUAGGUGCGUUGUACGAGAAGUCGCGUCACAAGGAAAUAUUAAUCGCGAUAUCUCUAACGCGUUGUACGGUAGUCUACUGUAUACAUGUUUCAGAAACUUGUGGUAAAUUCUUUGGAAACUAUGUUUCGUUGAAAAAGAAACCAACAUGACACUCGACGCGUUAGAAGUAAGAAAAGAUGUUGUACAGGGUGUCGCAAAAAUUGUAACUACACUUUGAUUGUUUAUAACGUGCUUAUUAAAUAUGAUAGAAUUUGCUUUGAACAUUUACAACAACCUACAUUAACUUAUAUUUUUGUAUCGCAAGUUGAUAUUUUCAAAUUGAUGCUGGCAUAACGAACCUAUGGAAUCGCGCAUAUUUAAAAAUAUUUCAUACGAAAUUUCAGCGCACUCCCUUCUCAAUGAACAAGUUGGAUGCCAAACUACUCGUGAAAAUUCUUAUGAGACUAUCACUUUGUUCCUAUAUACAACCGAAACUUAUCUUUGUUGAAUUGAAACUAGUACUUAAUUCACGAACGUUAUACAGAUCUCAUCUUCAGAAUUAGUUUAUUUAAUAUUUUAGUGAAAAAUUCUGUCACCCAUAUAUGGAUGACGCGGCGAUCAACGUGUUAAUCAACGGUUGCAGAUUCUGUACACCCACGUGAAAAGGAUGUAGUCGUGCGAAGUAUUGAAGAAAUAAUAUCCCGCAUCCUCGAAAUCUGUAAAAAUGACACGAUGGAUUCCGGCAACAAAUCCGUUCACCAGCUAACAAAGUCUAGUACCAUUUUCUCGCGACACCGUGUAUACGUUUGGACGUAAGUUUGCAGACCAAUUUGCACGACACGUCGGAAGGAACGAAUGAUUUGCACAAAAGUAGAAAUAGAGAAGCGGUGAGAGUAAGACCGAAGUGAGAAACGUCACGCGAACGAUGCGAGGGUGAUAUACACGAGUACAAGGAGAAAGGUAAACAUCGUUAGAGAGUAACGGAAAAGAAAUAUCGGCGAAAGGGGUGAUCCCGGUGGAUAGUUGUACGUUGUGGACGAGAGUCGAAGGAACAACGUAAUCCCAACGGAGGCUUCCCCUCAGCAAGGACCUUCGUUGGCGAGUUGCCGCUGGCAAAUCCUUGGUUUUUAUCGGUUAGGUUUGCGUUACGUUGCUGAACCGAAGUAUCAUAUCAUUAGUUAAGACGACAAGAAAUUAGCUUCGAGCUUUCGUGUAGGUAGCUGUAUAGGAAACGUGUACGGCGAACGGGAGGACACGGUUCUGCCUCGGCCGUGGUGUAACGAUAUGGGGCGGUGUACGUUGCGCCUAUUAACGCGUAAUAUGUCGUUGUUAUUCAAUUUUACCUCCUAUUGUUAAUAGACGAACGGUACUUUCAUUAGUAAUCCGAAUUAAACGUUGAACGCGAUUCAUCAGAUUUCGAGAGACCUCGAGAGGUAUUACGAUACGAUAGUUGCAUUGUUUCGACGUGCCAGAUUGCUAAUCGGUCAUUAAUGUAAAGGUCGGAAAUUUUAUACAGUUUGAUAUUUAUCACUUAUAAUUUAACCGUGGACGAGGAUCGAAGAGACUUAGUCAGCGUUCCAUUAGCACAUUUUUAGUAGAGCGGUACGAAUCGUUUCUGAAAGAAGUACGAUGGGCAAAAUAAGCUUUGGCACACUCGUUUUCUUUUAACAUUUUAAUGCGUUAUCCCUCUGAACUCGAAGCACUUCUUAUAGGCACUGACGAAGCUUCACGUUUGGCGAUCCAAGGCAGUCGAAGUGCGUUCCUCUGGUAUGACAACAAUAUACUGUGCCGGAGAUCGAACUGUUCGAUAAUUCAAAGUUAGAUUGUAUACUUCGUUGAUCACAUUGUUUGGUCGUUUGUUGAACGAUGAAAUUAAGAGUUUCAAAGUUAAUUUUUGAAGUCAGGAAAACGUGGUUAGAUCUCGAAUCAAUAAAUUCACAUACACUUCUUAUCGAACCGUACAUGUAUAUUUAAAGAGAAAAGAAAUUACAAUGUCUAUAAGAAAAAAAAAAUAUAUAUAUAUAUAUAAUUAUGAAAGAAUAUAUAUGAGCAAAAUAAGGAAAUAUGUUAUACAUAUUGCACGUGGCACGCACAAGAAGAACGAAGAAGGAACAGAACGUAUUUCGUGUCCUUUCAGUAGGUGUCAACCUAGCAUGCCACUAAUCUAUAUAAUAUAGUAAGGUGUGUAAUUCAAUAAAGAGAUAUAUUAUAUCGUGGCGACAAGUGUGAUUAAGCAAGAGUUGAUUCGAGAUAGCAGUGAUGGUGUCUUUAGUGUGAUUUAAAAAUGAUUAUUUUGUGUGAUCAAUCUAUAAUUCGAGUGAUAGCGACAUUACACCAUGAGUGAAGAAAAAAGUGAAAGUAUCGCGAUACAGUGGUUUUAGUGAUACCGAAGAAAAUGUAAGAUAAAAGCAUACAGCCAACGUUGUCUGCAACGAAAUACACCGAUUUGAAUCAUCAACUACAUCCAAAGCACUUGGACCACAG